UGCGCACUGCAUUCCUUCAGCUCAACUAUACUUGCUUUCCACGCGUGUGGAAGAUUCACACUUUAGGAAAAGUCUGUUUUUAAGACAGUAAUUGUGGUUAUAAGACUUGUUUGUCAGCACUAUGGGAGGACAGACAAAGGGCAAAAAGAAAAACAAACCGAAGAGGAAAGACAACCGCUCAAAAAGUGAUGCAGGAUUUGUUGGGUUGUUACCCCAGGAAAGGAUGAAAGUAAGAAUGCACGAAAAAGCCAAGAAGAAGACAGCUGAGAAGUACUCCGUGGAACAACUACUAGAAAAGACAGAGGAAUGCAUGGACUCUUUUGACUUUGAGAUGGCUGCCCUUUUCUGCCAACGAGCCCUGGAUGUGGAGUCUGACAACCUGCAAGCUCUAGACAUGCAGGGGCACAUCUGUUCUGAACUAGGAAACACGCAGAAAGCUAAGGAAGUGUUUCUGCGUGCAGUGGAGCUGAGCCCAGAUGUAGGCCAUAGUAAGUACAUGUACCUGGGACAAAUCCACACAGGGCAGGAGGCUGUGGACUACUACACUAGAGGAAUACAAGUCCUGCUGGCUGCAUUGGACAAACAAGCACAGACCACACAGGCUCAGGCUGGAGCUGCUGCCCCAACAGAUGAGGACCCUGAGCUCCCCACAGCGAAGGAUGUUUGUGUAGCCUACUGCUCCAUCGCUGAGAUUUACCUAGCAGACCUCUGCAUGGAGGAGGGAGCUGCAGACAAGUGCAGAGAGUUCAUUGAAAAAGCGUUACACUAUCACUAUGACAACCCUGAGGCUCUGCAGCUCAUGGCCAGUUACCUGUUCAGCACAGAGAGAAACCAGGAAGGCAGAGAAUACCUGUUGAAGAGUGUUGAAUUGUGGCUACCUUCCCAGAAACAGAGUGCAGCUUCUUCCAGCGCAGAGGAAGACAUGCAGAAUGAGAUCCCUCCGUACGAGUCUCGCAUCACCACAGCCAAACUGCUCAUCGAGGCAGAGGAAUACGAGAUGGCAGUUGAUGUGUUGGAGGGUCUUCUGGAGGAGGAUGAUGAAGUUGUACAGGUGUGGUAUCUCUCUGGAUGGGUGUGCUACCUCCAGUUGGAAAAAGCAAAGGAGCAGCAAGAGGGAGAGAGAAGAGAAGUGACUGAUGAGGAGAAGGAGGAGUGGAAUGCAUUGAAGGAGGCGGGCCGAUCGUACCUGACCAAUGCUAAGAAGUUGUACAAUAAGCUGCGAUGCGAUGACCAGCCGAUGUUGGAGCAUGUGGAGCAGCUGCUAGGCGAGCUGGGAGGAGAGAUGGAGGCAGAGGAGGGAGACCCACUCUUGGAUGACGAUUAUGAACCCUGUAGUGAUGAGGAGGAGGAGGAGGAGGACGAUGCAGAUGCACCCAUGGAACAUUGACCACAGCCCCUUGCUUGCACUUCUUGAUUUCACUUUCCUCCAUCAUGCUUCCCUCUAGUUAAAAUGUUCUGGUGCAUUCUCUAAAGUGCCUUUUUUUUUUAACUGGUUAUCCUUUCAUACCCAUUUAUCGAAGAUGAAAUUUUAAUUCAAGUGAGAUGCACAAUGAGUGGCAUUAAAAGCUGCAGUCUACUCAAUCUCUUUCAGUCAGUUGUUUAAUGCUUUUGGUGAAAUAAGUGCAUACUUGAGUUAUGCUUCCCCUAAUCUCUUUGACAGAUGUUGCUUUACUUUUCACCAGCAGCAAAGGCUAAACACCUUUGAACUGCUGAAUUUUGGAAUUUGAAACUGCUUAUACACACCCACGCAUGGGUUUCUAUAAGCAAAUGUAUAUGGCACAUGCGUCCACGCACAAACACACAAAGGCUGCACAUUAAUGGCUUCUGCUCCUUUCUCUAUACAACAACAACAGCAAUAACAGCAGUAGCAGCAGUGUUUCCCUCUCUGACUGCAGUAAAGUGAAAUAUCUCAUUGGGGUGUAAGGAUUAUUAGAAAACUGUGUCUGCCAACAAACAGUUGAUGCUAUCUUUACAUGUAAUGGUUCUAAUAUUCCAAGUUCAUGUGCAAUUCUUGAAUUUUUAUGCUAUUCAGUUUAUUCUCCGGCUUUGUAUUUCCCCCCUUUUUUGUUAACUCAUUACAUUCAAUAAGACAAGACACAAUAGAGAGAAUUUGACAUUAACUUAUGCAGCAUGCGUUUCACUCUCUGCUUGACUGUUCAAAGUGUCUAGCACAAAGCCUUUCAGAAAGGAGAAACGGGAAACUCUGACUUCUUUUUUUUUUUUGACUAGUUUUCACAUUGCAGCCUUUUAAAAUUCUCAGACAGGGUUAUGUAGUGUAAUGGCAUGGGUUAUGGUAAUGGCAUGGCACAAUAAUGGACCAAUGCUUUUCAUUUUUUACAACUGAGGUGCAGCAAGGUGAAGAGGCACAGUUUUGAGUGGUAGACGGCUACACAUGCAGCAAUUUUUUGUAUACAAAAAAAGACAUUUGAACAUUUUUUUUUUUGUAACCAGCAACAAAAAAAAACUAAAAAUGUAACAUUCACAGCAUGACAAACUACUGCUUCAGGCCAGAGGUGUCGGACUGAAAAUAAAAAAAAACGUACAUUGUGGCAGUAUUGGAUACACAUACCUAAUAUCUUGAAAUCUUACACACAAACACACAUGCAGUCUAUUGAUGUGUCUCUCGCUUUUGCUUCUUCAUUUUUGCCUCAACAUAAUAGGGUUUUAAAACUCAGUUUAUACAUUAUCUUUGUAUUCACCUGCAAAAUAAAUCACACAGAACACUAGUGACUUUCUUAAGCCCUGAUAUAUCUUUUUCCCCCCCAUAAACUGACAUUUUCUUCAGAUGCCUUUAAUAGUUGGACUGUGACAUCCAUGCUGUUCUACACAUCCACCACCGAGUAUUUCUCCAUGCCCUAUGCCUGUUAACAAACACAACACACCACAGGCAUUCACUGCUGCGCGGCCCCUUUGAAGAAUUUCAUAACUGGUAAAUGGGAACGUUAUCUGAGAUCCUGCUCCCGAUAGUGACCCAGCUGCAAGCUGAGAGGCCUGUUCGGGAAUACAGGGGUUCAGAUACCAUCAUCUGAUUGUGUGUGUUUGUGUUUAAAGUGCGUAAAAUAAAGCUCAGGAGAAACGUUA